GCUUACAUUAAAAUUAGUGCAAUGUAAAAUAAUUCCAAAUGGCUUUAAGCCCUUUAAAUAAAUGUAAUGAUAGUAUUGAAAAUGGUAAACGAGAUAAUUUCAUACAAGAAAAUCAUGUUCGUAGUGAUAAUUUAAUAAGUAGUUGGAAUUGGGAUGACAAAUCUCCAAGUCCUGCAAGUACAUGUAGUAGUCCAGAGUUUACCGCGCGAUCAACAAGUGAAAAUCGCCGUGGAAGACCUAGGGCUGAAGCUUUAACGAACUUAAUGAUCGUUGGAUCAACAUCACCCAGUGCUAUUAAAUGUGAUUUUUGUAAAAGAGUGUUUCCAAGAGAAAAGUCGUUACAAGCUCAUCUUAGAACACAUACAGGAGAACGACCGUACGCAUGUGAUUAUCCAGGAUGUUUACGUGCAUUUACUCAAAGUGGACAACUAAGGACACAUCAACGAUUGCAUACAGGUGAAAAACCAUUUAUGUGUCCUGCACAAGGCUGUGGUGCUAGAUUUACACAUGCAAAUCGUCAUUGCGCGGAACAUCCACAACAAGCAUUAUUACGAUGUCCUGAUAAUGAUCCCACCGUGCUAAUGUACCUUACAGCACUAUCACCUGCAGCUUCUAGAUCACAUUCCCACGAGGUAAUGCAAUGGCUAGAAAAAUAUCAUCGUGAAAAAGAUAGAUCUCCCUCUGCUCGUCCGUACCAAGUUAUUAAGAAACGAGUAAAAUAUAAGUCACCCAAACAGGACGCAGAAAAUAGACGACCUCCAUUAGGUGAAAUUACAAGUAAACACAAUAUUAAUCAACAGAUUGAAAAUACGCCAAAUUCAUCAUCUGAAUCGUUUGCAGCGAAUGGAAAAGAAAACAUUUUCAAAACUCCAGUAAAACGAAUUGACGGCUUAGAUGAUGAAUCGAAUUCACUAUCUUGUUACAAUGACGUGAUAACAACGCCUCGACGUAUUAUGACCGAACAACCAAAGAAACGAUGGUUACGUGAAGCGUUCCAAGAUGCAUCUUUACGUGUGGAUAAUGAAAAAAAUACAGAGAGUUUAGCACAACCAAUAAAUUGGAGUACUGACGAAAUUGGGAGCUGUAGUGAUAAUCAAGUACAAACUUCAAAUAACAAAAAUCAACAACGUCCUACUGUUCUCGUCUGCGCUGGUGAUCGCCCUUGGCCCCCUUGCCUUUCUGAAGCACAGAACCUUACAUCAUCGAAGCCACCAAUGCUUCCAUUAACGGAUGAAAAUAAAUGGAUGGGAGCAAUGGCCCUUAUGGAAUUGGCAACUGUGCGAACAUCAGCCGAGACUCAACAGCAAGCAACAACAAACAUCAAAUCGGAAUUUAUUCAACUUUAGUUA